AUGGUAGCCGAGGAAUACGUCCGCUUCGACAGCGACCUGGGGAAGUUCGUGGCCUUCACAGAGUUGGGGAAGGUGGAUGCGGAUCGUUUCAACAGCGAUAAGCAGUACCUGCAGUACCUGAAGGCCUCUGUGAAUCGCUUCUGCCGGAACAACUACAAGGCUCUCCAGAGGAAUUCUGUGGUUGGCCGGAGAGCCAAGCCCACCGUCACCAUCUCCCCCACCAAGAUGGAACCUGAUUCCCCCAACAUCAUCCUCCUCUGCACCGCGACGGGCUUUUACCCCGUGGAGAUCGAAAUCCAGUGGCUGAAGAACGGCCAGCCAGAGAAGGAGGGUGUGGCCUAUGGGGAGGAGCUACAGAAUGGAGACUGGACCUACCAGCUCAUGGUGAUGCUGGAGACCCAGCCCCAGCGUGGGGACGUCUACACUUGCAAGGUGGAGCACGCCAGCCUGAAGGACCCCAUCACUGUCGAAUGGGAGCCCCGUACCUCCAGCUCUGCCAAGAGCAAACUCUGGACGGGGAUAAUGGGAGCUGUGAUAGGAGUGGCCUUCUUUGCGGUGGGGCUCUUCUCUUACCUGAGGGCCAAGAAAGCAAUUCCCAUCCAACCUCCUGCAGCACUCAUGAAUUAAUCCUGCUCUCUGAUGCAAAAGGAAAUUAUUUCUUUAGUAGCUGAUGAUUCUUUGUUCUGUUUGCAACCUGUGAAAAAUGGAGGCUGAAGUUCACUUCAAGUGGAGAAACAGGAAAUGUUGCAAUCACUUCAAUCGACAAAACAUUGUUACAAGCAAGAGCAAAAUAGUUUCUAAGGCAGUCCAAAAAGUUUUUUUAAAUGUUUCUUAGGGCAAUCUUGUGAAAGUAGAAAAAAUAACCUCACCACAUGGAACGAUUUCACUUCUUUUCCUUCGGGAGCCAUCUCUGACUUUGUCAGCCUGGGGCCUGCCUGUUUGCUGCUGGUUGGAAGCGCUUCCCUUGGAUCGAUCUGGGACUUUGCGGUGUCCCUGCGACCAGCAAGGCUUUGUCUUGCUAGUCACCAUCUCUUCGGGCUGGUUUAGGUCCUGCCAGGCCGCCCAGGGGCAAAAGUGUCAUCGGCAGACUCGGACUGUCGAGUUCGCAUGAUGUAUCGUCGUGAUGUUGGCUUCUCCUCUGAUCUUUUUUCCUCUAUUUUAUUUACUACCCUAAUAUUUUUUUGGCUUAAACUAAAACUUUUUUUAUUUUAACAAACUUCUCCUUCUGUUUGUUAUAAAAUCAUACUAAAGAUACGUAAGGAAAAGAUAUAAAAAAAUAGUUGAGUCUUCCAUUUGGAAGCCUGAGUCUGAAGGUUUUUUUUGAAACAAUGUAUC